GAGAGAGAGAGAGAAUCUCGGCCGGAGCGAACAUGGCGGAGCGGAAUGGGAUGCAUUCAAGCGCCGAAGGAAAGUUGCUGCUUUAAGCCGAGCCGCAUCGCUUUAUCUGCUCUGAUCGCGGAUGUUUACGCGUUGAUAUCUGGUCAGCACUUACCUUAAAAGCAAAGGCAGGUGCUGUGCAUCCUUAGCUUCUUCAAUGAAUCUAUUGUUCAAACAGAUGAAUGACCCACCAAAGAAAUACAGAUGAAAAAGAAAGAUACAUCCCAUGUACUGAUCUGUCGACAUCUGGAGCCUGGGCCAAUUUCAUAAACCUGGUUUCUAUAUCCAGAGAAAAAGAAAGGAUCAGCGACGAGCCUGUCGCUAGCUAUGGGUGCCAUGGUCACCUAGACACAAUGGCAGUGUCUUAGGAAAACUCUGGUUGUUCCUCUUCUUCAAGAUCUUAAGGUGCUUUCCCUGCAAUCCUGGCCCUAAAAGCUAUGGCUGGUGUGAGGAAGUUGACUCGCGCUGUGGGCCAGCAGGGCCUCCACCGCCUGGUUCUGGCUCUUAUACUUUUCUGCCUGCUUUCCAUGGCCUACCUGGCCUACCAUGUCAGUGGUGGCCCUAAGAUCAAGGAAGCUCCUCCUUUGCCACUAGGAGAAUGUGUGACUGCAGCUCCUAUCACUGUUAGCCAGCGGGUUCCUCUGUUCAUGCCCUCCGAGCUGCGGCAUCGGUGGCAGUCAUCAAGGAAGCUAGACACUACACGCAUUGAACCUAUGGUGCUGCUGUUCAUAGAAAGCAUUUACUCUCAGUUGGGCCAGGAGAUUGUGGCCAUCUUGGAGUCUAGCCGCUUUAGGUACCACACUGAAAUUGCUCCGGGCAAAGGUGACAUGCCUGCAUUGGCCUGGCGGGGCAAAGGCCGCUACGUUUUAAUCAUCUAUGAAAAUCUGCUAAAGUAUGUCAACCUGGACUCCUGGAACCGACAGCUGUUGGAUAAGUACUGCCAAGACUACGGUGUUGGAAUCAUUGGUUUCUACCGUGCCAAUGAAAACUCUCCAUCUAAUGCCCAGCUCAGAGGAUUUCCACUUUUUCUGCGCUCCAACCUUCCACUGUGGGACUAUCGGAUCAACCCGGCUGCACCUUUACUCUACAUCACCCGGCCCAGUGAACUAGAACCCGGCCCACUCCCUGCUGAUAACUGGACCACCUUCUCGUCAAACCACAGCACCUAUGAACCUGUACUGCUGGCCAGCCCCAGGCCUGCUGAGCUGUCAACACAUUCCAUUCUGCAGCGAGUGCUGUUAGCUACUGUAACACAAGACCUGGGUCUUCACGACGGGAUCCAGCGUGUGCUCUUUGGUGCAAGUCUGUCCUUCUGGCUGCACAAACUGCUGUUUGUGGAUGCGGUUGGCUAUUUGACAGGCAGGAGGCUCAGCCUAUCACUGGACAGAUUCCUGCUUGUAGAUGUGGAUGACAUCUUUGUCGGGAAGGAAGGGACACGCAUGAAGGUGGCUGAUGUUGAGGCUCUGCUUCACACACAGACCAAGCUCCGUGUUCUGGUCCCCAAUUUCACAUUCAACCUGGGCUUCUCUGGAAAGUUCUUCCAUACAGGUACGGAUGAGGAGGACGAAGGUGACAACACCUUGCUCAGACACAGGCAGGAGUUCUGGUGGUUUCCUCACAUGUGGAGUCACAUGCAGCCACACCUCUUUCAUAACGUCAGCGUGCUUGCAGAUCAGAUGAAACUCAAUAAGCAGUUUGCUCAGGAACAUGGCAUCCCCACAGACAUGGGCUAUGCUGUUGCCCCCCACCACUCGGGUGUUUACCCAGUACACAGCCAGCUAUACCAGGCCUGGAAGAGUGUGUGGGGCAUUACAGUGACCAGUACAGAGGAAUAUCCUCACCUCAGACCUGCCCGAUUUCGCAGGGGCUUUAUUCACAGCAGCAUUAAGGUUCUUCCACGGCAGACAUGUGGGCUCUUUACACACACUAUCUUCUAUAAAGAUUACCCAGGAGGCCCUCAGGAACUGGACAAAAGCAUUCGGGGUGGAGAGCUGUUCCUUACUGUGCUUCUCAAUCCGGUCAGUAUUUUCAUGACCCACCUGUCUAACUACGGGAACGAUCGCCUGGGUCUGUACACUUUUGAGUCUCUGGUAAAGUUUGUGCAGUGCUGGACUCGCCUGCGCUUACAAACUUUGCCCCCAGUGCGGCUGGCUGAGAAAUACUUCCACAUCUUCCCUGAUGAGAGAGACCCCCUGUGGCAGAAUCCUUGUCAUGAUAAGAGGCAUAAAGACAUCUGGUCGAAAGAGAAGACCUGUGAUAGACUGCCAAAGUUUCUGGUUAUUGGUCCUCAGAAAACAGGGUCAACUGCUCUACAUGCAUUUCUUUCCCUCCAUCCUGCCAUCACUGCCAGUUCCUUCAGCCCCGUCACCUUUGAGGAAGUGCACUUCUUUAGUGGACAAAACUACCUGCGUGGAAUUGACUGGUACAUGGACUUUUUCCCAGUGCCCUCUAAUGUGAGCACAGACUUUCUAUUUGAGAAGAGUGCUAAUUACUUUGACAGCGAAGUUGUCCCAAAGAGAGCCGCAGCGCUGCUGCCCAGAGCCAAAAUCAUAACCAUCCUCAUCAACCCAGCCGACAGAGCAUACUCCUGGUAUCAGCAUCAGAGGGCUCACCAGGAUCCUGUGGCUCUGAACUACACAUUCCAACAGGUGAUCUCUGCAGGUUCUUCCUCUCCUGCAGCACUGCUCACUCUGCAGCACCGCUGCCUACAUCCAGGAUACUACAGCAACCAUUUAGAGCACUGGCUCCAUUACUACCAGCCUAGUCAGCUUUUGAUCGUUGAUGGACUCCAGUUGCGGGCCAAGCCGGUCCAGGUGAUGGACAGUGUGCAGAAGUUUCUGGGUGUUACACCCUUCAACUAUACUCAGGCGCUCAUGUUUGAUGAGAGUAAAGGCUUCUGGUGUCAGAGAAUGGAUGCCGGUCGAACACGCUGCCUGGGCAAGAGCAAAGGCAGGAAAUAUCCUGAUAUGAGCCCCAAGUCGCGGGCCUUUCUGUCGGAGCAUUACAGAGAGCAGAAUGUGGAGCUGUUGAGACUGUUGAAGCGCUUGGGACAGCCUCUGCCCAGCUGGCUCCAAGAUGAGCUCCACAACACCAGCUGGAGCUGAAACCAAGAAGCACCAUGAGGAAAAUAUCCAUACCCAUAUCAAACCCUGCUCCACUUCGGAGCACGCAGGGCCGCGGCACUGAGGACAUUCAGGACUGAGGACAUUCAAUUCUUCCCGCGUCCCAACACACACACCGCAGGUCCAACCAAGACAAGUGGACAACUGGCGUGUAUGUUAGAGCUCGAGCCCGGCUUUAAAAGGGAGGAGAAUCAAGUGUUUGUACAUUUUGAGGAAGACUGGACAUGUAUUUAUGUAUUGGCAAGAUAACGACAUAAGAGCUAGUUAGUUGUAUUUUAGAUAACUGACAGAUGAGCUCAUUAUUUGCAUUGUGGGAAAUGUUUCACAAUGUAUCCUUCAGCUAUCGAGGUGAAUGCACAGGGUUUCAGAAAGGAUAGAAACACUAAGUUAAGUGGAUGUGAAGAAAUUCACAGGCUGGUCGUGGUGAUCUUAGAUUCUGCCAAGCAGAGACGUAUUUGUGUACGUCAUCAUCUAAGAUUCCAGACAUUCGCUGAUGUUUAAAAUUUGUUGUUUAAAAUUCACAAUUUGUAAAAUGUCAGAAAUAGAUUCUGGCUCAGCUUCAUACCACUGAACUAAAACAUUCCAGGGCCAGAGUUAGAUGGCCAUUGCACUUUUCAACAUGUUUUAUAUUGGAUUUUUCAAAAGAAAUUAAGUGGGAAUAAUUAAACUCAAAACUAGUUGAUUUUUGGGAUCAGUGAUUGGCUAGCAUGUUUCCCAGACUGAUUAAAGGUCACAGGCAGCUGCACUACCAACUCAAUCAUAUGAACGUGUAUGAAGAAUGUGAAACUGUGACUGUGCUCAUGACCAGAUAUGGUUUUGUUUAAUGUAAUCAGGUCAGCAGUGUUUGCCACAUGAGUUGCCAUCUCUGUCUGUGCCAAAAUAAAAUGCUGGUCUCAAGUGAGGGAACUUUGCCAAAAACCAGAUGUUUUGUGACUGAGAGACUUGCCAGUGAGUGUGUGUGUGUGUGUGUGUGUGUGAGUCUGUAUGUAUGAUUGUGUUUGUGCAUAUAAGUAAACGUUAGUUGAAGUGGCUGUACUGUACAUCAUCUCUAGUAUAUUCUGUUGUCUUCUUUGGUCAACUUGAAAAUCAGGUAAAAACGCACAUCUGCAAAUAAAUGCACAAGUUAAAGACACUCGGA